AUGUAUGAAUGCUUUAACGAAGAAGAACUUCUCAGAGACGAAAUAGAAUCGACAAACACAGCAGAAAACAGAGCGACUAAGAACUCGGGCGACUCGCUCGUCGCUAUGAUCGCCUCCAUGAAUCAAACCAUGGCGGCGAUGGCGGGAAGUAUUUUCUCUAUGGGAAAUGCACUAAAGAGGCUACAUGCUGACACAGCAUCGCCUCCUAAUGAUAAACGACCAAAAACCACAACUGCUUGUCACGAUGAACCCUGUGAUGAGGCGUCUUUAGAUGAAUCGGCCGACUUGGCAGAUUCUAGUGAAUUACUUCAGGUUACUCGUGCUCGACACGAGAUGCAUUUUGGUUAUCGUGGGAGUCAUAUUUAUUUUAUGCUUUCCCCCCUUUCAGUCUCGUAGCGUUAGUUCUUCAGAAAAUUCAGGAGGCGGAGGCCACAGGACUUCCUCUAGUACCCAAAGGGCUAACUCAACCCAGCUGGCUAACACUAAUAAGAAUGGCAAUUCAAAAACCCCUGGAACUGCCUUGGAAAAAGGAGCUGAUAUAUCAGCCAAGCCAACUAGACUUAGUUCAUCCACUACACCCAAAGCUAGCACUGCUGCUAUGUCAUGUAUCCGGGAGCAACUGGAAAGUCAGGGAUUAUCAGAGCAGGCCAGAAAUAAACUUUUAAGAUCUUGUAAUCCUUAACGUCUUGUAAUGUACUUGUAAGACGUAAUACAUUUAAUACAGUCAUUGUCAGCUGGCUGUUGCUCUAAGGCGUGGCUCCUAGUCACACAGGUUUUAAAGUCUCACAUGACUCCGAACGACCAAUGAUCAAUGGCGAAGUAGAAUUCAACGAUUAAACGAGACUUACCUGUAAGGUGAAGUUUGAUUGGAAUUCUACGAGUCAUUAGUCGGAAGUUUAGGAGUUACGUGUCCACCCUAUUAUACAUCAUUUCGUUCUACUGUACUGCCCACCCAUAAUUCAUCUUGUGUGUCUAAUGGCAAAUUUGAAGAUUGAUCUCCCAGGUUCGCGCGCUCUAUCACGUAAGCCCCUACACUCCCGACCAAUGACUCUUAGAAUUCCAAUCAAACUUCCCCUUUUCGGUAAGUAUCGUUUAAUUGUUGAAUUAAAAUACCAAUGAAGGUAUGAAAAAAAAUACUUUGGCAUCUUCCAAUUUGUUAGUCUUGCUUAUGAAUUGAAAUAUACUUUUCAUAACUUUCUACGAAGACUGCGAUGUCUCUCACAGGGAUUUUUCCUUCGAGUAGGAGUCCUUGUAGUCUGCCAGUAUACGAAGCAAUUUAAGUAA